CUUCCAAUCAUAAUUCCACUGGAUUACACUGCUUCUGAUCUGGAGCCAGAGCACCGUGUUGCAUACUUUCGGGAGGAUAUAGGCAUAAAUUUGCUGCACUGGCAAUGGCAUCUUUACUACCCAUUCUCUGGCCUGAUGGAAAUUGUCAAGAAAGAUCGUCGAGGUGAACUGUUCUAUUAUUUUCAUCAACAGAUCAUAGCAAGGUACAAUUUCGAGCGGCUGAGCAACAAGCUUGCUCGUGUAAAACGCUUACUGAAUUGGCAUGAACCAGUGGAGGAAGGCUACUUUCCAAAACUUGAUAAUAUCGUUUCCAGCAGAGUUUGGCCCCCAAGGAAUUCAUUUACGACUCUCCGGGACAUAAACAGAGAACUAGAUCAAAUUAAGUUUGAUAUCCAGGAUUUAGAGCGCUGGAGGGACCGCAUCUUUGAAGCUAUCCAUAGUGGAUCUGUUAUAAACGAAAAAAAGCAAAUUGUUGAACUGACAGAAACUGAUGGUAUAGAUAUUCUUGGUAACAUCGUAGAUGCAAGCAUACUGUCUAUCAACCCCAAUCUGUACGGUGAUCUACACAACCUUGGCCAUGUUAUGAUGGGAUUCUGCCAUGAUCCUGAUGCCAGACAUCUAGAAACAUUUGGGGUCAUUGCUGAUCCAGCGACAACAAUGAGGGAUCCUAUAUUCUACAGGUGGCAUGCUUUCAUAGAUGGCAUCUUCCAAGAGCACAAGAAGGUUCUUCCUAGGUACACUGUCCAGCAGCUAAGCUUCGAUUAUGUUCAUGUCACUGGUGUUGAAGUCAUAUCAGAGAAAGCUCCAAAGAAUGAAUUUGUCACAUACUGGCAGCAAAAUGAUAUAGAUCUUUCACGGGGACUUGACUUUGCACCACGAGGUCCAGUGUUCGUUCGUUUCACACAUUUGCAGCAUGCACCAUUUGUCACUAAGAUAAAAGUUGAAAAUAAAGGACCUCAAAGAGCAGGAACUGUGAGAAUUUUCAUGGCACCAAAGUACGAUGAAAGAGGUCUUCCAAUGUUGUUAAGAGACCAGAGAUCCCUCUUCAUUGAAAUUGACAAGUUCUCUGUGCAGUUAAAGAGUGGUAGCAACAUCAUAGAGCGCCGUUCAGAUGAAUCAUCAGUAACAAUACCAUUUGAGAGAACAUUCCGCAAUUUGACUGGAGUAGGAGAGUCUCAACAGGUGGCGGAAUACACUUAUUGUGGCUGUGGAUGGCCACAACACAUGUUGAUACCAAAGGGGCGCCAAGGGGGCCUACCUGCUGAGUUCUUUGUCAUGGUAUCUGACGGCAGUAUCGACAAGGUUGAACAACCGCCUCCGGAACAAAAUUGUCGUGCAGCUCAUAGUUACUGUGGAUUGCACAAGCGUCUCUACCCAGAUCGUCGCAGCAUGGGUUACCCCUUUGACCGCGUGCCACGAGAUGGUGUAAAUACUUUACGUGAGUUCAUGACACCAAACAUGGGCUUAAUUGAUGUGAAAAUAAGGCAUUAUGAAACCACUGUAGGCCCUGGGCCUGGAAAUGUUCCUGUGCUGCCUCCUAAUCUGAGCCAACUAUGAUCUUUAUUAUUUAUUAUUAGUA